CCUUCCUGCACUGAACGAAACUACCUUCUGUUCUAUUCAUGAACAGAAGAACAAUCUUCACCCAAGAAUACGCCGUACAGAAAUGGUUUUUGCCCAGCGCACCGUGACUUCGCAAAGGAAGCGCCCGAUGUGUCACAAGUGCGGGUCGACCAUGGCGGGCCAUACGCGAAAGAACAACAUAUUCGUCUGCCCUGCGUCUUCUCAGCGUACAUCGCACAUUCCUUUGCCCCCCGACUCCCCUCCACCUACAUACGAGUUCCACGGUUUUCAGGUUCCACCUGGCGACCGUUGGCACUGGCGAAAUCCUAAUUGGAUCUCGCCACCGCGCGAGCGACCCCACGAAACCGCCCACCGCAACGAGUCUCUCACACCUACAGAGCCUCUGUCCGACGGUGGGUCUGGAAAAGAAAAUAUUGCACCCUUCUCUGUCGGAGGUUCUCCUGCUCCUAACUAUCCCGCCGACGAGUGGGACGAUUCGGACCCUUUGUACUACUAUCCCGACUUUUCCGUCAAGGAGGAAACCCCUGAGCCGGUGUUUGAUUCAUACAUAUCGGGUUGCACUAACUCGCCGCCUCCCCGCGAGUGGUCCCCGUUCUCGCAGUCACCUAUCACCGAUAUAAGCCUUAAUACCGCCCUCCGUGCGGGCACGCCGCUUUACAGCGUAUACCGCGUCCCGCGUCAAGAUGUUCCCAAGGUCCAACGCACUGCACAACGUGAGGGGAAGCUCUUUAGCGUAAUGAAAGCCCCUCCUGCACACCCCGCCAAGAUCCCGCGUGAGAAAUCGCGAGAGACGGUGUGGGUCAUCCUCAGUGACCGCGAGGAAGACCUUCGGUAUGCGGUACAUUCACAGCGCAUGCCAGGCGCCCUCACACAGGGCUCGAUGACUGAUUUCAGCUUUCCAAAAAGUAACGCGGCAGCUCCGGUCAUACAGAACGCACCGUUCUGCAAUGCUGUGGAUCAACCUGCCGCUCAGCGUGAUGUGCGUAAUGCGACCUUUGACCAGUCGAUGUACAGUAUUCCCGGUGGGCAUGCGGUUCAAGGGCACCUGCGAACAGCAGGUCAUGGGUUUCUUCAGAUGGCAUUUGCGGGGAUCAUCGGUGGCCUUGUCGUCACCUACGGACGGGCCUUCUUGUAGCGAUUCGGGGCGACCGUCCAUCAGUGGUGUUGGUUUGGGAAUGAUUAAUGAACGAGCACUGUACGUUACUUCCUCUCGUUGGACUGCCUAUACGAUCUAUGCCAAAUUAUGCUACAAUAUGCGUUAUGUAUUCUUUGUACAUUAUACCUAUGCCAGACUUUCUUAUGAUCGACUCAUUCAGUUAGUGUACAAUAUUGAAACAGUUUAAAAAUGCAGUGCUCAG